CCCGUGCAUCCCCCCUUGCGACCCCCCCCUUUAAGACUUUCGGGUGGACGGGCGUGGGUGAUGGAAGAGGAAGAAGGGUCGGGGGUGGUUGGCUAUGGUGGACGGGUGUGGGUGACGGAGGAAGGAGGAGGGUUGGAGGCGAUCGGCUAUGGUGGACGGGUGUGGGUGACGGAGGAGGAAAAAGGGUUGGGGAGGUCCGGCUAUGGGGGAUGGACGUGGAUGAUGGAGGAGGAAGGAGGGUUGAAGGUGGUCGGCUAUGGUGGACGGGUGUGGGUGAUGAAGGAAGAAGAAGUGUUGGAGGUGGUUGGCUAUGGUGGACGGGGUGUGGGCGAUGGAGGAAGAAGAAGGGUUGGAGGUGGUUCGCUACGGUGGACGGGUGCGGGCAAAGGAGGAAGAGGAAGCGUUGGAGGUGGCUGGCUAUGGUGGACGGGUGUGGGAAUGGAGGAGGAAGAAGGGUUGGGGGUUCGUCGGCUAUGGUGGACGGGUGUGGGUGAUGGAGGAAAGAGAAGGGUUGGGGAGGUCCGACAAUGGAGGAUGGACGUGGGUGAUGGAGGCGGAAGAAGGGUUGAAGGUGGUCGGCUAUGGUGGACCGGUGUGGGUGGCGGAGGAAGAAGAAGGGUUGGGGGUGGUUGGCUAUGGUGGACGGGUGCGGGCGAUGGAGGAAGAGCAAGUGUUGGAGGUGGCUGGCUAUGGUGGACGGUCGUAGGUGAUGGAGGAGGAAGAAGGGUUGGGGGUGGUCGGCUAUGGGGGCGGGUGUGGGUGGUGGAGGAAGAAGAAGGGUUGGGGGUGGUCGGCUAUGGUGGACGGGUGUGGGUGAUGGAGGAAGGAGAAGGGUUGGGGAGGUCCGGCUAUGGAGGAUGGACGUGGGUGAUGGAGGAGAAAGAAGGGUUGAAGGUGGUCGGCUAUGGUGGACGGGUCUGGGUGAUGGAGGAAGAAGAAGGUUUGGAGGUGGUUGGCUAUGGUGGACGGGUGUGGGUGAUGGAGAAAGAAAAAGGGUUGGAGGUGGUCGGCUAUGGUGGACGGGUGUGGGUGAUGGAGGAAGAAGAAGGGUUGGAGGUGGUUGGCUAUGGUGGACGGGUGUGGGUGAUGGAGGAAGAAAAAGGGUUGGAGGUGGUCGACUAAGGUGAACGGGUGUGGG